GCUGGUUGAAACCCUUCACAUUUUCCCUCAAUUAAUUGAUCCUUCUGCAUCUAAUCUGGUGGUUGCUCAGCAGUAUCCUUCUGCAUCUAAUCUGGUGGUUGCUCAGCAGUGCAAUAUUCAGUCUCCUCGCCUCAUAGGAACGGGAAUUGUCUUUCUGCACAAAUGACUGAAGUUGCUGUUCCAGCGUCGUUGGCGUCGGUGGAGAAGAUGAAACUCUUCCUCUACCAACUAUCUGACUGUCCCAGUAAAGUCCAUGAGGAGGUAAAGAGUGCGAAGAGGUGUUUGGAGAUACUGCAAGCGUAUCUAGCCGACUCAAAAGAUAAUAAUGUAGAAGACAGCCAGAUGCUCAAAGAUUGUUCGGAUAUAGCUCAUGAUAUUGAGGACGCUCUUGAUGAGUUCAAUUCUGAAGUUGCACCACUGUUCCAUAGCAACAAAUUAUCUCACAAGAUUCAGCACGUGUCUCAUAUCCUCCAACUACGCAAAGCAAGCACUAAGUUGUCCUCGAAAAUUAACGAACAGAUUAAAUUGGUCAAAAGAUUACAUUUUAAAGACUCCAGCUUCGAGGGCGACCUUGACCCAAAAGCAAGUAUCUGGAAAGGCAGAACAGAAUUGGAUUUGACUCCAAAGAUUCAAGAAGAUGAAAUGGUGGGCUAUGAAGAAUCUAAAGCAAGACUCCACAAACAGUUGAUGGAAGAAGAUUCAAGACUUCUGACGAUUUCAAUUGUAGGUCCUGGAGGCUCCGGCAAAACCACUCUCGUGAAGAAUCUUUACAACAUGGUCCAAGGGGUUUUUGAUUCCCGUUAUUGGAUCGAUGUGUCACGUCCCUAA